AUGAAGGUCGCAUUCGCAGCACCUCUCAUUGCGCUGGGCAUUGCGGCGGGCAAUGCGCAGGUGCAGGCCCCGGCGCUCGCCGGCGCUGCGCAGCCCAUCUCGCCCGCCGAUCGCAUCUACACGGGCGACCAGUCGUCCAACACCAUCACCGUGAUCCAACCCGCCACGGGCCUGGUUCUCGGAACCAUCAGCCUCGGCGACACGCGGCUGGGCGGCGUCCUCAACCCGCAGUACAUCCGGUCGGUCAACGCGCACGGGCUGGGCUUCUCGCGCGACGGGCGGCACAUUGUGUCGCUAAGCGUGACGACCAACACGGCGACGGUGAUUCGGACCGCCGACAAUGUCAUCGUCUCGCAGACGUACACGGACCGCAACCCGCACGAGGCGUUCUUCGCGGCCGACAACCGCACCGUCUGGGUCGGCACGCGCGGCGUCGACAGCAUCACCGUCAUCGACGGCCUCGCGGGUGGCGUCGUCGCCCGCAUCCCGUCGCCCGGCGGGCCGAGCAAGGUACUCUUCAGCCCGGACGGCGCGACGGCGUAUGCCAAUCACAUCAACGGCUCGUACGUCUCCAUCAUUGACGUCGCGAGCCGCCGCGAGACGGCCACCGUCACGGGCCUUGCGGACAAGUUUUCGUCGGACAUGAUGCUGUCGGCGGACGGCGACCGGCUGUGGGUUGCGCACAAGAUGGUCGGAAAGGUGUCGGUCGUGUCGCUGCGGCAGCGGAAGGUGGUCGCGGUGCUGGACACGGGCGGCGAGACCAACCACCCCAUGUUUGCGGUGCUCAACGGCACCACGCACGGCUUCGUGACAGUGGCGGCGACCAACGAGACCAAAAUGUACGCGCAACCCGACGCGGACCAGGCGCCCGUCUACGUCGGCGCCAUCAAGGCUUCGGGGAUCGAGCCGCAUGGCCUGUGGCCGAGCCCAGACAACACGCGGCUGUUUGUCCUCAACGAGCACAGCGACACGGUGGACGAGGUGGAUCUGACGGCGCGGCCGCUGCCGACCGUCGUGCGGACGCUGCACGUCGGGCAGGAGGGCCAGGCGCUCGUGUACGUGGCGAAUGCGGUGCCGCACGGCAACGGCACGCAGAACCUCGGCCGGCAGGGCCUCGUCGAGACGCCGGCCGCCAACAAGCUUGUCACGCUUCACGGGCCGCACAACAGCGGCGGCGGAGGACAGCACGCGCCGUCGGCGCUCGUCACGGUGCGGCAGCAAGGCGGGCUGGACAUGGUGCAGGUCAUCGGUCGGGACCUGCAGCUCAACACGACGUAUACCGUGUCGGCGACGUGCCACAAGUGCAGGGGCGUGCAGAUCCCGCUCGUGGACUUUAAGCCGACGGUGCCGACGGGGACUGGAUGCGGCUCGGCGCCGCAGGUGCUUGCGUUUGUCAAGUUUUUUGGCGUCUACGACUUGGAGUCGCUGACGCUGACAAAGGCCGUUGCAGGGUCGUCCUAG